UACCAAGUUCGGCUGCUGAGACUCACUUCACUGCUCACAACCCAAAGAACGAUGGCCUCAGUUCUUUACUUCGCUUUGCUCCUCUCUCUGAGCUGCGUUCUCUGCAACGGAGUCAAAAUUGAACUUGUUCCUUUAUGCCCGACUGGUUGGUCUGAGUAUGGAAAUCGCUGUUUCCUCUUCCAGAGUACUGAGACGGACUGGGCUACUGCUGAGCGUGCCUGCAAUGAUUUAGGUGCAAAUCUGGCCUCCAUCCGCAACAGCAAUGAUCACAACUUCCUGAAGAACCUGGUCAACAGAAAGAAAGGAUCGUACGAGAGAACCUGGGUCGGAGGCCAUGAUGGUGAGAAGGAGGGUGUGUGGCUGUGGAGUGACGGGUCAAAGUUCACCUACAACCAGUGGGGCAGCGGGGAACCAAACAACCUUUAUGGAAAUGAAAACUGCAUGGAGAUCAACCGGAAAGGAUCAAUUAUUUACCUGAACGAUGAAGGGUGCACCAGAAAUAGUUUCUCCAUCUGUGCCAAAAACCGCUAACUCCUCCCUCCUCUUCCUGAGAAAUCCAACAUGACCAUGUGACCUUCUCACUGGUGAUGUCACUUCCUCCAGGAUGUCAGGCCUCGAUGGCGUCGCUGCUGGAAGACACACGGAUAAAAUCUGAUUUCAAAUAAAUCUGUUGCAUGAAUAAA